AUGCUUUAUGCUCAUGCCCUGAAAGGUCGUGACCUCAAAAAAUCCUUACCACCUCGUAAGGUGGCAGUGUCAGUAUAUGAUCCCAUUGAAAGUGUUCGGCUCUACAUUUACCCGUUCACCGAGACUCACGUGCUCAUUUGGUUGAGGAUUCGACCGCGAAACUAUGUAAACAGUAUUGAAUACACAAUCUCACUUCACAAAAAAAGAAAGAUCGAAUAUUACUGA